CCAAGCCACUCAAGCCCGUGACUCAAGCCCAACUCAAGCCCGUGACUCAAGCCUGACUCAAGCCCAUGACUCAAGUCCCAUUCAAGCUCGACUCAAGCCCGUAACUCAAGCCCAAUCACCAUUGUUGGAAGAUUUCGAUGAUUUUAUUGGGAAGUUCGAAACUACCUUCGGGGACUCGGACAAGAUCAGAACAGCAGCUACUAGGAUUAGAAAACUUACCCAGGGAUCCAAAUCAGCCUCAAGCUACACUUCAGAGUUUCGUCAAAUCUCUAGUAAUCUGGAUUGGGGCAAAGUGGCAUUAAUCGAUCAAUUUUUAAUUGGGCUUAAAAACAAUAUGAAAGACCUAUUACUUACUAUGAAAGAUUCUACAUCAUUAAACGAUACAAUAUCUAAGGCAGGUGAUUUAGUAACCAAUUAUAGUAGAUCCAGUUUAACCCCAGAGCCAAUACAAAUCGAUUCAACAAGGGCAAGGACUUUUUCAGAAGAAGAAAAGCAGAGACAUGGGCCAAUAAUCUCUGCCUAUACUGUGGCGAACCUGGGCAUAUAG